AGAUUGAGCUGCUAGAUUUCAUGCCCAAGGAAGUCACAUUUCCUUUCUCUUGCUUGUUUAACAAUAAGUGGACCUUUAUCUCGAGAGGCCUGGAGUUUACAUCAGUGAGAGCAGUUUCACAAGGUUAUUUUUUUACUGCAUAGCUAUCCAAGAUGAAGCUAAUCCUGAAAAUCUCCUUCACCUUCACACUGUUCUACACAGUAGCAGACACACUACAAUGCUACACUUGCGAGUCUGAUGAGUGCAGCGAAGCAACGUUGGAGUUGUGUUCUGGGGGAGAGGUGUGUUCCACUAGGACAACAGUAUUUGGUGAUUUAGGCACCAGAGUCUCUAAGGAUUGCACCACGAGAGAGGAAACCUGUGUAUUCAUGGACGCUACAACAAGAACAUCAAUCAGUGGUGGAUACACACACACCUCCAACGCCGCGUACUGCUGCAGCACGGACGGCUGCAACAAGAAUACUCUCCCAGUUCUCAGUGACAAGCCCAAUAAACUACAAUGUUACACCUGCAAGAGUAAAGGGGAUCAAGUCUGCAACACAGUUGUACAAUGUGUUGGAGUUGAAGACCACUGCUUCAAAUAUACAGUGCCCGUUGGUGAUGGAAGUAAUGAUGGACGACACCUGGGCUGUGCCUCUGCUGAUGUAUGCCGUUGGUCCGAGACAUCCCCCUCUACGCCUAACUUCAACUGUUGUGAAGGGAGUCUCUGUAACAAAGCCACAGGGAUUGGACUGAGCUCUCUCCCUCUUCUGCUGGGACUCCUCAUCUCACUGGUCUAGUUAGUGGGAGGAUUCACGGUACUCCCAACCGUUAAGAGUGAUGUGUGUCCACAAGAUCAGGAAAUGUUGGAGGUUAAUUUGUUUGUAGAAAUUAGGAAGGAUGAUGAUUUGUAUAAGGCUUUUAAAAUAAAUAGUAAAAAGUAGGCCGUUUUAAUAUCUUUAAUUUGGCACUCUACUCUGUAGUGGGAUAUGAUUUUAACAUCACUGUAUUUUAUAAAUGCUUAUUAUCACUAUACCACUGCAGUGUAUGUUACAUAAUGUAUAGUACAAAGCUCAAGGUUGCACCCUUCCUCUCUCAUAGGGCCCCAAUCAGGCCUUUCCUACGCACUUCUCAGUAGUUGGUAUUCAGACUUACCUUAUGAAGGUGCAUAACGGGCCUUGCAGGUGUGGUUUCCUUGCGCACACUGAGUAAACAAAUGUAAUUCAGCUGCUGAAAACCCCACUUGCUGGCCAAUAUAUUUUCUCACAGAGUUUUCAUUCAGUAGGGUUUUCAGUACAUUUAUCUUAAGCAAUUCCGUUAAAACCAUAACUUUUUGGGUGACUUGACCAAAUUCACAUAGACAUGUGAGUUAUAGAUCUUUCAUUCCCAUUGAAAGCAAGUCUAAGUAGCAGUAGAUCUGUUCUAUGUGUACUAUUUCUAUGCUUCCCGUUCUGAAGUUCCAUUUUUGCAUAAUUUAUUUUUGGCUUUGUACACCACUUUCAAACAGCUGAAUAUGCAAUAUCUUUGGUUAUGGAAAAUAUAUUUCAUAGCGGUUUAGAUUGUACAAUGAUUAUCUACACAAUGACUGCUUGUUAUGUCACAUUAACUGAAAUUCCGAGAACUAUUUGAUUUUUUGCAAACAGCAAAUGGCGGAGUGAUCUCUGCACAGGGUGUCUUUACGGUGUGCCUUUAAGUAGAAUUUUGUGGACAGAGUGUCACGCCUUGGUCUUAGUAUUUUGUGUUUUCUUUAAUUAUUUGUUCAGGCCAGGGUGUGACAUGGGGUUAUUGUAUUGUCGUAUUGGGGUUUUUGUAGGCAUUGGGAUUGUGGUUGAUUAGGGGUGUGUCUAGUAUAGGCUUGGCUGCCUGAGGCGGUUCUCAAUCAGAGUCAGGUGAUUCUUGUUGUCUCUGAUGGGGAACCGUAUUUAGGUAGCCUGGGUUUUUAGGUAGCCUGGGUUUUGUAUUUCGUGGGUGAUUGUUCCUGUCUCUGUGUAGUUUCACCAGAUAGGCUGUAAUUAGGUUUCACGUUCCGUUUUGUUGUUUUGUAUUUGUAUCAGUUAUUUCAUGUACCGCGAUUCAUUCAUUAAAGACAUGAGUAACCACCA